AUGUUUGCUACCCUCGGAAAACCGAGGGUAGAGAUUCCGUACGAAAAUCGCAAGAAUUUGGCUCCUGGUUUGAGAGGUUGGUAUGUACAUAGACUUCUUGUAAAUGCUGUUGCAAUGUGGGCGUCACCUCGCUAUGCUUGUUAUAUUUUCAUGAUGUUAGAUGAAAUUCAUAGACAAGAACGUGAAGAGAUGGAAAAGAAACUUCAAGCAAAAGAUGAAGUCAUUGAAGCAAAAGACAAAAGCCUUCAGAAAAGAAUACCACGUUCGGUACCAAAAGGAAAGGAAAAGAACUAUAAGUAUAUGAUUUACACUGAAGAGAUGGAAAAUGAAGAAGACAGAGAUAUGGUUAUGUUGCAUUUAGUCAGAAGAAACAACAAAAGCUUUUACGACCUUGCUAAGAUUUACAAAUCUGACAGAAAUUGGUUCUAUCGCGAAAACUUACCGAUUUCAAUGACACCAAAUGAAGAUGUGAAACAAAUAGUUCAAGAUACGUUACCUCAAACACACUAUGAUAUUAAAGGUUGUACAAUACUUACCUUCAAAGAAGACUUACCGCUACUGAAAGAAAAAAUAACAGAGUAUUUUGACAACUUCAAACAAGUAGGGUAG